UCUCAUUCAGGAACUGCUUUUCAAGCAGUAGUCUGUCAGCAGGCGGAACAGGGCACUGGAUACAGACGCAGACACAGGAUUGAUCACAGACACAGUAUUUCUGCACCUGAGCUUUGAAGAAAUUUAAACGUCCGGACGAAUUUUAGUCUUCCUCCAUUAGUUGAAUUUUAACUCGAGACACGGCAGCCGAGGACUAUGACACAUGAGAGUCCUUGUGGCCCAAUGCAGACACUGAGGCAGGGGGAGAUUGAAUGGCAUUGAAGACUCAAGUGUCUCUCCUGCGGUCGUGCCGAGUGGCAGAGGAACCCAAUUACCCCAGACAGAUGAGCGAGCCAGUCAGUGAUCUGGUGCACAGCGGUGGCCAAGAGAAACAGCCGGGCAUUGUGUGAAAUGCUGUAGGGCAUCUGGAGCACUGCAAUGACCAGUCAGAGCAGUGGCCAUGCAGAGAAAUCAGGUCCCACAUCAUCGCGGUCGGCCACCACGCCCAAGCUGCAAGUCCAGCGCUCGCUGUCCCGGGAGACCAUCACCAUCCACUUCUCCGCCCUCGGGAAGGAGGAAGAGGAGGAGGAAGAGGAGCUGUAUGGAGCAGCCGUCUCUUCCUCUGCCCCGGGAGGGGACUAUGAUGACCAAAGUAUUGUGACUGCUCUGGAGGCCAGCGAGGAGCUCCUGUUUGAGGGGGGAGGUCUGGACCCAACAGGUCCCAUCCCCUCAGCGGGAGUGGCGGUGCUUCCUGUAUCAUCCACCACCCUCCCCACCAUCUCGGGCUCCCAGAACUCUGGCCCCUCCGCGCCCAGCCCCGCCCUCUCCAUUCUGCCCUCCUCGUUGCAGACCACCGCCAGCUCCACCACAGCUAGUUCAUCCUGGCCUUCGGGGCAGAAAGCUCAGGCCCCUCCCCUUCCCCCCUCCUCUGCCUCCUCCAGCUCCUCCCCCUCCAGAUCCGUAGCCGUACCCUCUGGUGACAAGCCCUUCAUGAGCUUGGUUAAGUCCCUCUCCACGGAUGUGGAGCCCCGUGAGGGCACGGCCAUAGCCCCAGCGUUGCGCCACCGCCACCUGAUGAAAACUUUGGUGAAGUCUCUGUCCACCGACACGUCCCGGCAGGACCAGGAGUCUGUGUCCUACCGCCCGCCCGACUCCCGCCUCAAUCUGCACCUGUUCAAGCAGUUCACCCAGCCCCGCGUCACGGUCGCUGGCGACUCCAAGACCGCCCCCUCCUCCCCGCUGACCUCCCCCGACAACCGCUCCUUCUUCAAGGUGUCGGAGGUGGAGGCGCGAAUCGAGGACACCAAGCGGCGGCUCUCCGAGGUCAUCUACGAGCCCCUGCAGCUGCUCAGCAAGAUCAUGGGGGACGAGGGCGGCGGGGGCGGCGGCCACCGGCCCAAAGCCCUGUCCUCCAGUGCCUCGGAGCUCUCCAGUCUGGCCAGCCUCAACGGCCACCUGGAGAGCAACAACAACUACAGCAUCAAGGAGGAGGAGUGCGACUCGGAGGGGGAGAGUCUGCUGGGCAACACAACCAACCCCGCUGAACUAUCAGCGGUCUCUGAAGUCAGGAACCCCAAGCCCCAGCCGCUGGCCCUGGACAAGUGCUCCAUGUCCGCCCUGGCCAAGCAGGAAGACGAGGAGUUCUGCGAGCUCUACAGCGAGGACUUCGAGAUCUACACAGACACAGAGACGGACGGGGACAAGCUCGAGGACACAGCGCAAGGGUCUCACCCAGCCCACAGCGGGAGCACGGAGGUCGCGAGCGAGGACGAGACGGAGGAGGAGGAACCGGAGCCCAGCGUGCCCCACAAGACCCUUUUCGUCCUGACCAUGCUAGUUUACGGCUACUUCGUCCUGCCCCUGCCCACCUACGUGGGCGGGAUGCUGCUGGGGGUGGCGGUUGGGUUCAUGCUGGCCAUCGCCGUGGUGUGGUUGGCCGCCCCCAGGCGCUCCGGCUACGGCCCCAGCCGAAUCCGGCGCAAAGAUGGACAGUGGAACGUGGCGCACUUGGACAUCAAGGAACCGGGCAUCUUCAAGGGCUGGAUGAACGAGAUCCACAACUACGACCCGGAAACGUACCAUGCCACACUGACGCACUCGGUCUUCGUGCGCUUGGAGGGGUCCACUCUGCGCCUGUCCAAGCCCAACCGCAACAUCGCCCGGCGGGCCACCUUCAAUGAGCCCAAACCAGACGUCACUUACAUCAGCCAAAAAAUCUAUGACCUGACCGACAGCAAGAUAUACCUGGUCCCACAGAGCCUGGCAAGGAAGCGGGUGUGGAACAAGAAAUACCCAAUCUGCAUCGAGCUUGGAAAGCAGGAGGAUUUCAUGUCCAAGGCUCAGAUGGACAAGGGGGAAGCUGUGGAGGAGAGGCCUGCAGAAAGGAUGGAGGCAGCCGGGGGAAAUGAGGAGGGGAAGAAGCUCCUCGGGACUCAGGACGCGGGGCGGACAUCGACCCACAGAGACCAGACCCUGUACCUCUUUGGGAGGACGGGGCGGGAGAAGGAGGAGUGGUUCCGAAGGAUCCUGGUGGCGUCCAAACUCAAAUCAAAGGCCUCCAGCCUUCCAGGAAGUAAGAGUGCCGUCCUGCCCUCACACAGCCGCAGCAGCAGCAGGGGCAGCCUGGACGAGGUGCUGAUGCCGCAGCCCCGGCAGAAGGAGCUGAGCAGCAGCGUGAAGCAGAAGAUGCUGCUGGACUACAGCGUCUACAUGGCCAAAUACGUGCCCCCCGAGCCGGGCACCCCCGCCGCCAGCCCCGUCCACAGCGCCGAGAGCAGCCCCGGAGCUGGCAAAAAGUUGCCAAGCAGUCCAGGGGCAGAGGAGGAGCCUGUUGCCUGGGUCAACGCUUUAGUGGGCCGGAUCUUCUGGGACUUCCUUGGAGAGAAGUACUGGGCCGACAUGGUGUCCAAGAAAAUCCAGAUGAAGCUCAGCAAAAUCCGGCUGCCUUACUUCAUGAAUGAGCUGACUUUGACGGAGCUGGACAUGGGCGUGGCCAUCCCAAAGAUCCUGCAGGCCUCUAAGCCAUCUGUGGAUCACCAAGGGCUGUGGUUCGAUUUGGAGAUUUCCUACAACGGCUCCUUCCUCAUGACCCUGGAGACCAAGAUGAAUUUGGCGCGGCUGGGGAAGGAGGGGGAGGGCCUCCGAUUCGGCGAACCGGGCAAGGACGGGUACAGACCGAGGAUGUACUGCCUGGCUGAUAGCGAUGAAGAGUCAUCCAGUGCGGGGUCGUCUGAUGAGGAAGACCCCCCCGAAAUCCCCCCAGACAAAAACCUGCUGCCUGGGGCAGAGGGCUAUGUGGGGGGACACAAGCCCAGCAAGAUCAUGCGCUUUGUGGACAAGAUCACCAAGUCCAAGUACUUCCAGAAGGCCACAGAGACAGAGUUCAUCAAGAAGAAGAUGGAGGAGGUGUCCAACACCCCCCUGCUGCUCACUGUGGAGGUGCAGGAGUGUCGAGGGACGCUGGCAGUUAACAUCCCCCCUCCGCCAACCGACAGGAUAUGGUAUGGCUUCAGGAGCCCCCCUCACCUAGAACUGAAAGCUCGCCCCAAACUGGGUGAGAGGGAGGUCACCCUGGCACAUGUGACAGAUUGGAUUGAGAAGAAACUGGACCAGGAGUUUCAGAAAAUUUUCGUCAUGCCAAACAUGGACGACGUGUGGCUUCAUAUCAUGCAUUCUGCCAUGGACCCCCGCUCCAACGUCAGCUCAGUCAGCGUAACAACAGAGGCCACGAAAGAGCCUGACACCUCAGAGUCCGACACGGUCCCCAUUAGCAGCAUUUGAAGCCUGGCUGUUUACAGUGUUAGCCAAUAGGGAGGACCCUCUCGGACGAUGUGAGAGGGGAGCAGUGGAUUGGCCAGCCCACCCCCAAAGCCGCUGGUGCCACAUUCCUGCAGGUGUGCCUCUCUGUGGGGAACGGAAGACAACAUGCCCCCAACCUAGUCCCUUCUCACGCCCCUCCCCCCUCCACCUGAGAGAUCAAGACCAAUGUGUCUCGACCAUGAAGUGUACAAAAACGACAUGCCUGCUGCUUGGAUUGCUUUGACAUCAGAAGAAGAGGCGCUAAAAUUUGCUCAUUGCCGUUCGGGGGGUGUGUGGGAGAACCAAAACAUUCUGUGACUCUGUGGAGGAGGAAGGGAGUGGCAGGAUGGUGUCCCCAGAACACCUCAUUUAUGCAUUCACCUGGCACCUUAUGUCCUGCGCGAUGCAAGAGAGGGACACACACACUUAUUCUUAUUCUGUGAAGACAAAAGGAAAAAGACUUAACUGGUAGUGAUGUUGGGAUGGGAUGUGGUUUCAUCAUGGACGCGUCCAAACAUAAGUGAAGUAACUGUCGUACAGUGCAGCGGGAGGUACUACCGUGAACUGUGAUAUACAGAUGGUGCACCAAACGUCUUACGAUGAUUAUCACUGGGUGCGGUGUUAGUAAGAUGGGUAGUGGUGGUAGUGCCCCCCAUCUCUUCUGCAUCUGUUGUGCCUGAGCACUCGAUACUUUAAAUGCGCGCGCACACACACACACACACGCAUACAUAUAUAUAUAUACACAUACACGCACAGAAGUCUGGUGGGGGCUGCACAGGAGGUUAGCAGCUGUUCAUGAAAACAGUGAGUGCUCUCUGUGUGCUUGUGUUUGUUAUCGUGUGUGCAGGCCUGUAUGUGUGGGUGCAUUCACGUGCGAAUGCACGUGGUUGUGUGAGCGUGUGUCUGUGUGUCUCAGUGUGUGUGUGUGCGUGUGUGUGCGUGUGUGU